UUGGGGACCCAAAAGCACCGCUCAACAGCAUAGUGGACUUCAUGGUCGUUGGUGUGUGGAGUGAGUUUGAGUGAUGUUGUUGUUCUUUUAAAAUUGCAUCCAGAUGUUCUCCCACUGUUCUGCGGUGCUGCCGGAGCCAAACGGCUUCAAGGGUGUCAGGUUCCAGAUAAUCACGGUUGUUGGGGUGUCAUCCCUACACCUGCAAUUGUUUGGUUUCAUUGCUUCCAAUUGUUGGAUGCCAAGUCGUAAAUGUGUGUUUUUCUGAACACACAUGGUUAUGCUAUUGGGACACGACAAGCCACGCCCCCAUCCAAGCCCCUGAUGGAAAUAAGCCCUGUUCUGGUUUUGUCCUUCACACACUGGCCUUCCCUUUAAACCAAUCUGCUCUCUUUAUCGUCUAGAUACCAACCGGGACGUGGUUUCAGUUUCGAUAUGAACUGUGGGGGGGUUAUCCUACAGAGAUCAGAAGAGUCCCUUUCUCUUUCUGGGUGCUUUCCUCAGUUCUGGUGAAGUAGAGCUGCUCCCCCUGCUGGUGGGUUUGGGGAAGAUAACCUGUUGAAUGGGGAGAGGAAAAAAGGCAAAGGAAUGUCAGAAGAUUGUUGGUAUGCUUCUCCUUCCCGCCGACCGGGUGUUCAAGUGUCUGAGGUGUGUGAAUGUGUGUGUUCCUUUUUGUGUGUGUUCCUUCGUCUGAGCAGACCAGCGAUGCCUCAUUGGACGAGGAGGUUCUGAAUGUUAAACGCCCAAACCGCAGGACGUCGUACCGGGUCCAACUGGUUCCCAGCCUCGCCUGUCAAACCGUAAACGUCCGGUUUAGUUCUUCACAUUUGGGUGGUGUCGUUUCUCCCCUGGGACUCCAAAUCCAAACAAGACCAUACAAGGUUUUGAUCUUGCGUCCAACUGAAAAAAAGACUCUGCCCUUACCAGUAUAACCAAUGCAUGGUGACAGCCAAACCAGUACCGUAUCUGAAUGGCUACAGCCAAAACCAGUACGGUAUCUGACUGACCAGUCAAACUAAUACCAUAUCUGAAUGUUACGUUUCCACUUCUGAUUCAGCCACAAUAAACUCAUCAUGUAAUCAGUGUAGAUUUAAACAUGUUAUCUCUUGUUUGACUUGCUUUGUGCGUACGGUGACCUUUCUAGGGUCAGACUGGGUGGGGAGCAGGAGGGAAUGUCCUCCAUUUGAAACAGAGCUCUGUUCAGCUCCAUCACUAACGGGGAGGUCAUGUGCUUCUCGGGUUGUGGUUUGGACACGGUGGUUUGGAGUUCUUCACCAGACACGUGGUGGGUGCACUGGACCUUUUAGAGCGUUUACCUCUGUGAUCUCUUCCACCUCGCUCUCUAAACCUCAUCCCUAAAUACGCCCUUCUUCAUACUUCAAGUUGACUCGGGUCUUUUGUCUAGACUAGACCGUCCCUUUGCUUAAUAGUUUCAUUUAACUGGCUUGCAAACGUGACUAUUUCUAGUAAAGUGGAGCUGUUGGUCUCACAUUAACAGGAUUACCUCACCCUCUCACUGAUCACGUGAUCUGAUCUCUCCUCACUCUUGUCACCAACACCUUUGGCUCCUCCUUCCUCUCCUUCUUUUCUUCACAACAUGUGUAUCUACUGUCAGUAUCCCACUUUCUUUGGUUUGUAUCUCAUCGGGUUUCCCUUCACAUAGUUUAACAUCUAUAUAGCACAUCUCAAACUUUCUCAAUGUUCUCUGGCUUUUUGUCUUUUCUCCUGCCUCUAUCUCUCAAUCAGUGUUUUCUUGCCGUCUCCCUCCCUCCCUCCCUCCCUCCUGCCAGGUUGGUCCUAACAAUGUGGGCUCUGUACUGGAGCCUGAGCCUCAGCCUCGCCCCCUGGUCAGUAUGACUCAAACUGACCCCGCAUCCUCUCCAUCCCGCAACACCCAGAGACCGAGUGAGGACUCUGCCACUUUGAGACCGAACCCCGUGGUGUUGAAAGCACGUCAGCCCUCAGGGGGGAAGACCCCCAGGAUCAAAUCCUCGGGGGAGAAGACCCCAGGAUUCAAUCCUCGGGGGAGAAGAUCCCCAAGACCCAGCCCCCAGGAGCUUCAGGGACCCCCAAGACGCAGCCCUCUUGGGCCCCAGGGACCGCCAAGACCCAGCCCUCUUGGGCCCCAGGGACCGGCAAGACCCAGCCCUCGCGGGCCCCAGGGACCGCCAAGACCCAGCUCACGGGGGCCCCAGGGACCGCCAAGAUCCAGCCCCUGGGGUCCCCAGGGACCCCCAAGACCCAGCCCUCAGAGGUCCCAGGGCCUGGCGUGAAGGUUCUCUCGCUUCUUGUUUUUCUGGCCUCUGGGUGCUCCGUGAUACUCUGUGGUUCCGUGUGUACACCGGCCCUCCUCCCAGGACCAGAGCAGAAAGACCGCUCCUUCUCCCCCUCUGCUGAUGAAAGGAACUCU